UGGCUCCCCUGAAUAAGAAGAAGAAGAAAACACAUUCAUUUUCGUGACAAAUAUAAAUAAAUUCCUUUAUGGGGUUAUGAUUAAUUAUAUUAUGACUUAGCUUCCAAAAGCAUUUGGAUCUACUUCUAGGGGUUAUAAAUAUGUGCUAUUUUAUGUGAAAAUACUAAAACUAAUCAUGGUAAUGGAAUCAAAAACAACUAGCAAGACUAGUUGCUUAAAAGCUUUAUUAUUACGAGCUUGGAGAGAAAGAUGGUCAGAUUUGCAAUGGGGUAUAAAUAUAAAAACUGUUCUUCCUCGAGGAGUUAGUGGAGAUGUAUACAAUUUAGCAGAUUGCAUUUUGCAGCAAGCGGUUGUUGGUGCUGGAGCAAACCAGUUAGUUCUCAGCUAUUUAAGACAUUCUCUGAGUGCUCAACUUGUUUCUCAUGCAGCUGUUCUACAAAGAUUAAGCAAAUAUAACCAAUUAAGCAAAGUUCAUUGUGUAUUCAGUCUCCUUGAAUUUUUGGAGGGAAUGUUACCAGGUAUUACUGUUAGCUGUGGAAAACCAGAAGAAACUGUACUUGCUACAGCUGUCUUGUCAGUAGCCCUAUGGUUAUUGCAUAUCUUACAACAUUGCCAAUCUGAUACAAUUAUUAUUAAGAAAGCAUCUGAACUGCUUAGAAUAAUUCUAACAGAUGAUUUCUAUAUAUCCAUGAUGUGUCUUGCAAGGUAUAAUGACCCGGACUUAUUUGCUGAAACAAACAGGAAAUGUCUAGAGUUAGAAACAAUUUUCAAAGAACAAGAUGAAAUACUCCCUUAUAUAAGAAAACUUGCUAAUAUAGAUGUAACUAUUCUUCAUUUGCCAAUUAAAACUGAAACUUGGCCAGGUUCUUUAAUUCAAUGUUGGUUAGAGGUGAAACUAACUGGAAACCCUGGUACUUCGACUACUAUAUUGGCACAACAACUUAAAAUAUUUAAGAAAUUGAAAGGAUUUAGCAAUGCUAGACUAUAUGCUGAAUUAAUGAGAGGUAGCUUGAUGUCUCUUUAUAAUGUCAGAAAGACUACACAUGAAAGUCAAUGGGGUGCUUUUGCUUUUUUAAAAGUACCCCACAUUCUUCUGGAAUUAGCAGGAAGUUCAGAUAGUAUUAGUAUUGUAACUGCACUAGAGCUGAUGUUGCAGCAUAGUCCUUUGCUGGAUGCCAUGGAUGCUAAUAGUUCUUGUUCAAAUUUUGAAUGUUUAUUAGAUGAGUUAUCUAAAAAUAAAUUGUUAUCUGAACCACAAGUCAAGAUGUUUUUGGAAAAGAGAAAAACACCCCCAUCUUUGAAAAUGGAUUCAGGUCCCGGGAAUAAUAUGCCAACUUAUUGGCAUAUUUGUGCAGAGAGUACAUUAACUGGUAUACUAAAAACACUUUCUUCCGAUUAUCAGAAAAUUCAGGAUGCUCUCUUGAAGAUGCUACAUCAAGUUCUUGCUGGAAACAGCUAUGAACUGAUACUUGCAGUGGCAACUGUGCAAGACAAACUUGGUACCCUGGUAAACAGAUUAAUUAAAUUCAAUGAGUGUUCAAAAUCAGCUGGUGAGGCUAAAUCUCAGCUCUUUGAUAUAACAUUUGUUAUGUUGGUGACCAUUGUUCAAAAUUAUGGAGCAGCAGCAGUAUUGGAUUCUGAUGGAGAGUCAUUAUUUGAGCAGUGGGUAAGGUCAUGUAUGGUAGAAAGGCACAAACCAAAAGCUGCAGAUCAGAUACUUAGAUUAGGUGACCCCAUUAUUAUUCAAUCACUGUUAGAGCAAUUCAACUCAGGAGAAUCUGAGUUCAAGCCAGGAGUGAAAUGGCAAGAGAUCCUUUUCAAUAUACCUGGUGUUAUGCAUGAAGUUCUGGUAGCUUGGGAACAAGGUGCUCUUGUACCUCAGGACGUGAAACGAAUUCUUGAUGCCGUUAGAGGUAAAAUGUGUUGCUUGCCGAUUGUUGCUGCCGCAUGGUUGUGUGCUUACAUGCGAACAGCACCACAGGAAACUCUACUCAAACCUAUUAAUAUGGUGCAACAACUUCUAAAUUUGAAUAUAACUGCCACAGAAGAGGAUAAUUUGAACGAUAGAUGGCAGUUGACCUGUGAGAUUAUUAAAAAGAUGCAAAGAGAUGUACAGUUGCCACUGCCUAUAAAAACGGGUCAUUAUUUAGUUUCCAGACAACCUGCAACUGAACAAUUAGGACAAGCUUGGAAAUUAGGUAUAUCAAGAGGUUGGUUGGAUAAUAACUCCGCCGGUGCCCUUCACUGUUUAUUAGAAACAGCUGGUACAAGGUGGCUAGUUUCAGCAGUUAUUCAUGAAUUAGUAAAACUUCGUUACAGAGAUCAAUUACAAAGAGGCAUUGAUCUGGCUUUGGCUAUGUUUCAUGUGGACAUAGUGGGAUGUACACAGCAAUUGUUGUCACACGUUUUACCACAAUUAUUAUAUAAUGAUGUACAAGCUGAUGGUCUGAUGGAACCACAAUUGCCUGCACUGGCUUACGUUACUAGUUAUUGUGUUUAUACUGCUUGGGACGCUCUAUCUUCAGAGGACUUUGACACAGAACCCCCAGUAGCAAAAAUGAGUCGUUUAUCCGACACAAAAGAAGAAGAAUCUAAACCUUUGGAACAAUUGAUAAUUUCACUACGUCAACUUCUACACAUGUUUGAAGGAGUUAUUCAAGAAGGAUCUAUCACCCAACAAACAUACUUUGCUUUUUAUUUAAUAAAAUCUCUAGUAGAAGUAAAAGUACCAUCUGCUAGUGCAGUUUUGGGGGCUAUUCCACCUUCUUUGAUAUCCGAUUUAUUGAAAACGAUGCCGGAAUUGUUCAGUUAUCCACUUUUAUUACAUAUCCAUGAUGUUGCAAGCACUUCUGGUAGAAUCAACAUGGCAAAAGAUCUUUGUAUUUUAAGAAACUACCACUUGAAAAAUGUAAAGGAUAAUAAUAAUCGAUAAAUACUUGGAAUAUUUACAAGAGCAGUACCAGGAUAGGAUGAAAAUGAAAGGCCUCUGAAGAGAUGGAUGAAAUGAAUGUUAAACAACCACCAUAUGAAGCUAAAUAUGAUUUAUAAUUUUAUGUUGCAUGUGUAUUGUAUAUAAAAAUAUGCUUAUGAUUAGUCUUGACUUGAUUACUUGAAUAUAUGAAUUUUAAUAUUAAUAAAAACUAAGUUUU